GUUUGUGUCAACAACUAUCCGGAUCCUGUUUAAAAUUGCAUGCAAAAAUAAUGGAAUUCAUUGAUGAAUCGACAAGUGAUCAAUUUCCCGAGAAACCAGGAACAACGGAUAUUGCUCUUAUCAUAGAGGGGAAAAAGAUGUACACUGUAAAAUCAAUUCUUUCCCUUGCUUCCCCUGUCUUCAAAACAAUGUUUUCAUCAAAUUUUAAAGAAAAAAAUGUAAUGGAAAUUGAACUGCCAGGAAAAACGUACAGAGACUUCGAAAAUUUUUUGAUGUGCCUGUCCCCAAAUAAAUGCUUGGAUUUUAAUGAUGAUGUAAUUGGGAAUUUACUUCCCUUAGCCCAAGAAUAUCAAGUGGACUCCAUUAUCAACAAGUGUGAAAAUUGGCUUCUAAAAGAGAUUGAACUUACAGAAGCCAGAGGUUAUAAAGGUGAUUUGAAAAUGAGGGUAGCGUUUUUAUUAAAAUAUUUUUAUAACAGUGGAAUAUACAGUAUGUCAAGAGUACGCCAAAGGACUAGGACAUGUCUAGUAAAAUUCAAACUGUCUACGUACAGAUCAGUAGGGACAUCUUAUGAAAGACUCUCUGAUAAGGAUAAAGCAGAACUGUUUGAAGCCAGAAUUGAGAAACUUGAUUCUUUACAUGGAUAUGGAUGUCAGUGUAAAUACAGAGACGAAUAUUUUUUAUAGCUGUACGAUUUCGCCUUAAUAUCGGAUGAUGGAUAUGUAUACCCUGUACUACUAACAUUGGACGUGCAUGUAGUUUUAAAGAGGAACAUAGUGGGACGCACGAACUCUUUUUCAAAACAAAAUAUUUCACUUUUAUUUUGGUACAAAAAUGUUCAUUGAAAAACUAUUUCUCCAUUCUGCUUUUUGUUGUUGUAUGCUUUUUGAAAUUAUUUUGACAUCACAGAUAGCUAGCUGCUUUUUCA